CAUUCAGACUGACCUGUUUCGAAAAUGCUAUUAUAAUAAUGGAAAGUGAGAACCAGGAUAAAGAUCUGUUUAAGAAUUGGGUGCGAGGAUCAAAAGGUCUUGAAUACUUAAAGGAAGGUCUUCAAGAAUUUGUUGGAGAAAAAGUACUGCAAUGUCGUGAUAAUACCCUUCAAAAGAUAAUAUUGACAUUACCAUCUGGAUCAUCACAACAGUGCAACCAGUGUACAGAGAAUAAUCUUUCUCCAGAACAUUUCAAUUCUACGAAGGCAUGUAACAGAUGGACAUGUAGCCAAAAGACCUCGAACAACUGUUUUGGAAGCAAACCAGUCGGACGUAGGAAAUGUCCUGAUGGCAUUUGCAGUAAAUUUUACGACGCAAUUAUAGAUGAGCAUGCAUUUAAAGACCCCUUAUGGAAGAACACAGACCCAAGUACGUGGUGUACGGAUCCUAAUGGGUGGAGUUAUGCAAAAUGUUUCCAGACAACUAAAGGUCCAGGGACAUCAGCUAAAGAUACAGAUGCUGCUGGUCUGCUUAGCAUUAUUAUAAACAACAAGUCAAUACAAAACUUUGUGACCAUGUUUAAUCCUGAUACUACCAGUUCGUUUCAUACGGCGCGAGACAUCCGAAAUGAAAUUUUACAUAGGUCAAAGCUUGAAAUCGACGAAACAACUGUGUGUUCUUAUUUGGACGCGUUCAUUGUUGUUCUUCAAGAUCCAAAGUGUCUGAUUAAUGAAGAGGCGUCAAAGAAAGCUGUUAAUAAACUAACACAGGUUAUCACUAUUAUUUUACAAUAUGAAUCUGAUUGAUUAAUGUAAAAUAUGAGUAUUUGGUUUGAUUUUAAGUGCUCAUUGAACAUUUUAAAAGCUGAUAUCCGGCUGUAUUUGAGCUAAUUUGGUAUACCAGUUUUAAAUGACGACUAAAGUGCAACAUUAUAUAAAUCACAAUGAGUUUAUAUCCAUAAAUUCCCACUUUUUUACACUCGAUACUCGAUGUUGCAUGUAAAUAUGUCUCAAUAUGAUUUAACAGUGUAAUACAAACUUGUUAAUGAAAGAACAAAAACACAAGUUAUAAAGAAAUCAAA